AUGGCAGAAGCACGGCUUACGACGAUUCCUGAUAUUUACUUCCCACUGCCACAUCCGGACUCAAUCAGGAUUCUAGUUUUGCUCCCUGCUGAUAGGAUCGAUGCCGAUUUACAGGGAAGCCUGGUAUCAACACGACUUUCCGACUGCGAAGACGAACAUACGUCAUAUGUCACUCUAUCAUACGUUUGGGGUCGGAAGACAAAUGGUGGUACGGUUAAAAUCAAUGGCCAACAGUUGUCAAUUGGCCGCAAUAUUUCCGAUGCACUCCGUCACAUACGUCGAAGAGACAAGCCUAUUCGACUCUGGGCAGAUGCCAUCUGCAUCGAUCAACUGAAUGUCAAAGAGCGCAACCAUCAAGUCCAGCAGAUGCGCGAUAUAUACGCCUCAUCCAGUGAAACAAUAGUCUAUCUUGGGAACGAUAAUGGGAGAGCGACAAGUCACUGCGCUUGGAACUUUUUGGAAAGGAACAGCGAGUGGGCUCUUGACAAUGAUGGCAACAAGGACUUUGACCGACCCUCUCGACUGGAACAUAGCCUGACAACCUUCAAAGGCACUAUACAAGAUGUUGAGGCUUCUGUUCUAUCAUAUACAUGGUUCUCAAGGGUGUGGGUUCUCCAGGAAGUGGUUGUUUCGAAGCUCGUGUCAAUUCAGUGCGGCCGCCGUGGAGUUUCAUGGGACGACUUUUGCAAAUCGCUCCUUCUUCACUCAGGUUAUUACAGACAGUACGACCUGACAAUGCAGUCAAGAGAGAGAAUCGACAUAGUCCAGGAUAUGUUUCAGGCUCGAUGCGCCUACCAGGCCAGUCACGACCUUUGCCAUCUCCGACCGCAGUGGUAUUCCAAAGUUGCAUAUUAUAGGGCGCCAAGCGAUGAUAUAACCGAAAUGCUCAUUAGAGCGCGUCAGCUUGAGGCAUCGGAUCCCCGGGACAAGGUAUUUGCGCUUCUGGGCAUAUCCGCAAACAUCAAUCUAGACGACAAGAAGCUGGCUGUUGACUACAGCAAGCCACCAGGUCAAGUGUAUGCGGAUCUGGCAAGGUUUGUGUUGACCACCAGUGAGAGCUUUGACAUGCUCAGUCAUGUCAACCACUUUGUUCGUUUCCAACCUUUCUUUGCCUCCCCCUAUGGGUGGCUCCCAUCUUGGGUUCCGGAUUGGAAUUGGAGUGAAGCGGCACGAAGAAUCGAAGACCUGAGGCGUAAGAUGGGCGUCGAGAUGAUCAAAAGGCAUAAAAGCUGGCAGCAUUCGCAACAAUUCAGGCUUAAUACCUUUGAUAUCAGAGAAGUUCAGGCUGGUACCAAUGAGAGGUUUAGUCCGAUGUUCCCAGACUUGCCGUUGUCAGGGUUCAUUGGACCCACAAUCUUAAGCUCUCUCGAUAUCGAGACAGAAGAAGCCGGAGCAAAACGGAGAGAUAUUGCAAGAGACAGCAUGAGAUGGGCUGGCGCCAAUGAAACCCGUCUCGACGCGAUUGGUUCAUGCUUGGGCCAGGUCAAUUUCCUUGGGCCUUGGAUAACCCUCCGAGAUGUGGAUGAAGCGUCGUUCCAAAAGAUUAGGGACCGACUACAAAAUGACCCCGAGGAGAUGCGACGGGAAAUCAUCUCUCGAUGGAGAUGCUUCCUCAUGCAGAAGCACAUUGGCAACUGGCAGAAGGCCCACGAAGACCCAGAUAUGUUAGAAAUUCCGGUUGAAGAGGAAGACUGGUGCCUUCUGAAUGAUGACCCUGACUUGGGCCAUGACACAAUCGAAGGUCAUUUAUUUGAUCGUGGCAGGAAGACGACAGGCGGGUCCGGUAGGACAGCUUGGUCCAACGACGUGGGGGGUCACGUAAACUUCAUUACCGACAAGUCCUCAGCAGUGGAAAGGAAAAGAAUAGGGACAUUCGACAACCAUGAGAUCUUGUCGUCUCUCUCCGAGGAGCACGAGUACCAUUCAUCAUUCGGCGUUUGGGAGAAGCAUCCCGUUAUUAUUCAGAGAAUAUCGGAGUUUCUUCGAAGUCGCCUUUCGAAAUCCGUGCGUUUCUGA